GUGUAUGUGUUUAUUUGAGACGCUGAGACCAUGCACCGCUGAACGAGCUCGUCUGUCAUACAGAAGACAGCUCGGUUAUUGGGGGGAAAUAUGUCGACCUUGUCAUUGCCUCUUUCAAAUCUCGUCAGAAAUAAAGACAGCUUCAAAAGACUUAUCACACACUUUAAGUAUCUGCACACAAAAAGCAGAAGAUGUUUGGUCGACAGCGGAUCGCCGUGGAUGUUUGGUGCGCGGGGACGGAAAUCUGGUCUUGUGUCCCAGAGGCUGAGCUCAAUGAGAGAAGUGACAGCAGCGAACAUGUGCACAAACUCCAGUGACGACAAGAUCAGCUGGCUCUGGUCUGUUUACAAUGAAACUAAAAAGCAAACGGAAGAUUUAGUACCAGUGAUCUCAAACAACUCUGUCAAUCCAGACACAAUCUUUGCUAAUAAUGAGAUGAGCCUGCAGGACAUUGAGAUCUAUGGUUUUGAUUAUGACUACACACUGGCUUUCUACUCCAGUCACCUUCACACCAUCAUUUUCAACAUCGCCCGGGAUAUUCUUAUACAGGAGCAUAGGUAUCCAGAAGGAUUAAGGGAAUAUGAAUACAUCCCAAAUUUUGUGAUCCGUGGUCUGCACUAUGACGUUCAGAAGGCCUUACUAAUGAAGAUAGAUGCCUUUCAUUAUAUCCAACUGGGUACAGUGUACAGGGGUCUUAAUCCUGUGCCAGAUAAGGAGGUCAUUGCAAUGUACGAAGGCUCCCAUGUACCCCUUGAAAUCAUGAGUGACUUUUAUGGCAAGAGUUCUCAUGGUCAAACAAUGAAGCAGUUCAUGGAUAUCUUCUCCCUUCCAGAGAUGUCGCUUCUCUCCUGCGUGAAUGACUAUUUUAUGAAGCACAAUAUCGAUUACGAGCCUGUUCAUCUCUAUAAGGAUGUCAAGGAGGCUAUAGGAGACGUUCACAUCAGAGGCCUUAUGUAUCGAGCAGUAGAAGCAGAUAUUGAGAAAUACAUAUGUUACGGUGAACAGACGCAUGCUGUUUUACGGAAGCUCUCCAGAAACGGAAAGAAGAUGUUUUUGAUCACCAACAGCCCGUUUGAUUUUGUAGAUCGAGGGAUGAACUACAUAGUUGGCAAAGACUGGCGAGACCUGUUUGAUGUUGUCAUUGUGCAGGCCGACAAGCCAAGUUUUUUCAACGACAGGAGAAAGCCGUUCAGACGAGUUACUGAUAAAGGCGUGUUGUUAUGGGACAGGAUUCACCACCUUGAGAAAGGGCAGAUCUAUAAACAGGGAAACCUGUAUGAGUUUUUACGGCUUACGGGCUGGAGGGGCUCCAAGGUCUUGUACUUUGGAGAUCACAUUUACAGUGACCUUGCGGACCUGACCCUAAAGCACGGUUGGAGAACAGGAGCCAUCAUUCCUGAGCUACGUAAGGAGAUCAAAAUGAUGAACACAGAGGAAUAUGUCCACACUAUGACCUGGUUGCAGGCCUUGACCGGACUACUCGAACAAAUGCAGGUGCACAGAGACUCUGCGUCACAAACGGUGAUUCAGCAGUGGAUCAAUGAACGCGAGGAUAUGAGGUCGCGGGCUAAAGGCGUCUUCAACGCCCAGUUCGGGAGUCUUUUCCGUACGUACCACAACCCGACCUACUUCUCGCGUCGACUCUCAAGGUUCGCCGAUAUCUACAUGGCUUCCCUCAGCUGUCUGUUAAACUACGAUCUCCAGCACACCUUCUACCCCAGACGCACGCCCCUGCAGCACGAGUCUCCUAUCUGGCCCGAGCAAACCACCACCGGAGCCAUGAACAUACAGAACCACAGGAUAAAGACCGGAUCAGAGUAGAGAGGAUGUAAGACCGAUAUUAGUGUGUUUUUAGUGUUACCAAUGUAACGGUAUGUAAUUACUGUUAUAUUUCAUUAGAGAUCAAACUGAAAAACUAUUAUUAACAUAAUUAAUAAUAGUGAAAUUCAACGGUAGUAGUGGUGUUGUGGGUUACACAAAAAUAUGUGUAACAGCUGAAGUAUAAAAUGCUAUUAUAUAAUGGGGAAGGGUUACAAUUUCCUUUAUUUUAUACAUUACUAUUGGUUUAAUUAAAGAAAUUAAAGGCAUAGUCCACCCAAAAAUCGGCUCAACUUCAUGCUUGCUUCAUAUGGUUGAAUGCAAAAAGUCCCUUUUCUAUUCAAUGCAUGAUUUAUUUAUAUUCAGAAAAGUACAGUAGCGGUCCAUUGUAACCUUUUAAUAACUUUGUAUAGGGAAAAGAUGGAAAUGAUCAUGUUUUGGGUGAACUAUCACUUUAAAAAUGAAAUUUUGGUUUUAAACUCAGUGGCGGCAGGUGUCAUGUGUCUGGCUCGUCGUGUCAAAAUGGGAACCUAUGUGCGUCACAUGUCGUGUCAAAAUAGGUGCCUGUUGCAUACGCGUCAAAUAAGUUCAUGAGUAUUUAGUAAACGCAAACAUCCAUUUUUAUUAUAAACCCUUACAAAGCGUCUGUAGCAGGCACGUAUUUUGACAAGAAUGCACAUAGGUUCACAGGAUGCAGGGAACACAUAUUUUGUCAUGACGAUUCACACCCAUGACAAUGUUUUGAUAAAUUUCGCAUUCGUGCCUCCUCUAAAAAAUAGUCACAAGCCACCACUGUUUAAACUAAAGGAAAGUGGAUAAGACAAUGGGUCUCAUUUACUAAGCAUGCGUACGCACAAAUUUUUUCGUGAAAUAUACGUUCGGACGUUUAAACUAACAAUCAUGAAUCAACAAAAACUUUUAUACAACUUUUAUUUCUUAUGGAUGUUUUCAAUAACGUAACAACAACUUAAACCACACGUACGCAAAAAUCAUGAACAAGGAAAAAGAAACCUAUAUUUUUUUUUUCUUGGUCAAGAUUAUUGUGCAAGUUGUUAUCUUAUGUUUUUGCAUACAUUUAAAAUAAAUGUAAGUAUUAAAAGUUUUGUUGAACCAUGAUUUGUUAGUUUAAAUGUUUGCAUGCACAUUUUACGAACAAAUUUGUCCAUACGCAUGCUUAGUGAAUGAGACUCAAUGUGUUAAUUUUUAGAUUUCAUUUAUAUUUGCUCAUUUACAGAAUUAAUAUGUUGGUCUGCGCUAAGGUACACAAAGUGUGGUAUUAAAAGUUGAUAUGUAUGUAGUUUGUGUGCAUAAUCAAAGUAGAUUGUUUGUUUUCUAGUAUUGUCGGUUUUCCGAAAGCUGCCAUUGGGAAAACAGUUCCCUCCCCAAAUAUUACAAUACAGUGGGGUUGUGUUGGGCGAGUUGGGAGUGUUUACAUGUAUUGAGGGAAGUCAGCCUACAAAUACACUUUAAAAAGUAAAGGUUGGAUUCACUUAAAAAAAUCACUUAUAUUGGUAACACAAUUGUUUUUACUUAAAGGUGAUGUGUGUAAUUUUUAGCGACAUCUAGUGGUAAGAUUGCGAAUUGCAACCAACAGCUCACCCCUCUAUUAUAAAACACAUAUGAUGCCACCACAGGACAAACAUGUCAUCGUUGAGACAAUGUAGGGACGAAACACGCUCUCUAUAGCAAUUUAUCCGUUUAGGGCUACUGUUAAAACAUGACGGAAACUUUGAUGUAAGCGGACCCGUGGUGUAUGCCUCACUUUAAGUGAAAAACUUAAAGGGACACUCCACUUUUUUUGGAAAAUAUGUUCAUUUUCCAGCUGCCCUAGAGUGAAACAUUUGAUUUUUAUCGUUUUGGAAUCCAUUCAGCUGAUCUCCAGGUCUGGCGGUACAACUUUUAGCAUAGCUUAGCACAAUCCAUUGAAUCUGAUUAGACCAUUAGCAUCACGCCUAAAAAAAUAACCAAAGAGUUUCAAUAUUUUUCCUAUUUAAAACUUGACUCUUCUGCAGUUACAUCGUGUACUUAGACAGACAGAAAAUUAAAAGUUGCAAUUUUCUAGGCCGAUAUGGCUAUGAACUAUACUCUCAUUCUGGCAUAAUAAUCAAGGACGUUGCUGCUGUAACAUGGCUGCAGGAGGCACAAAGAUAUUACGGCCAUGUUACGGCAGCAACGUCCUUGAUUAUUACGCCAGAAUGAGAGUAUAGUUUUAAUCUGUCG